AUUAAAUCGAAUAUGAAAAACUUCUUCUAAACAUUGUGUAUCGAUACUUAAACAAUCGAUGCACUUCGAUGUUUAGAUACAUCGCUGUACCAUUGCCAUCAUUAAUGAACCGGCCACAAUUCUCAUCGAAACUGCAAGUGCAUUAUUUUACACAAAAUUAAUAAUGAAUGCUGACAGCAGUAGCCGUACUCCGAGAGGCUCCGAAAGACGCCAGCCCAAAAAGAUACCAUAUUUCGCUGAUGAAGCGCGUGAGCGAGACCGAGUGCAGAACCUGCGCAAAAGAACAAGACGCACAACACCACCAAGAGCUCCGAGGUAUGGACGCAGUCAACGUAGCCGAUCGAGAUCCCGUUCCGCUGAUAGAAGCAGAGACCGACUACGACGACAACGGUCCCGAAGUUAUGACCGCAGGCGUAGUCGAAGUGGCAGCUACAAAAAGGUCACUUCGUCAUCUUCAUUCUCGCGUCGCCGGCGAAGUCGUAGCCGCAGUCGAUCGCGAACCCCUCGAAUAAUAACUGUUCCUGUGCCAGUUCCUGCCGCCGACUAUAACUAUGCUUAUGGCUGGUCGCAUCCGCAUCCACCAAGACAACACUACGAUCCAAUGUAUCCCCCGAUGUUGCCAUUUGGAAUGAAUCCCCGUCCACCACGGCCUUACUUUGCCCCAUAUCCACAGUUUCCACCAUUUCAGAGAUUUCACAGAUCUGGAGCAUUUGCGGCUCGUCCACGAUUUAACUAUGUGAGGAAUGUGCGACACCAACCAAAUUGAUAUUAAACAUUACCAAAUUAUUCAAAAUGUCUUUGGAGUUAUUGUUUGUUGUGUCGUUGAAGAUUGAUGUUAGAAAAUCGGGUUAUUUUC